AUGGACCCUGCGACGUACGAUGAAGACGCGUAUCGCUCCGAGCUUUUGCGCAAGAUGCGCAUGAGUGAAUCGAUCGUAUACCAGGCCAUCUUUGCUCCGGCAACCGUUACAGGCGGGGAGACAAUGCUGGUGGCUGCAACGAGCUCGGGGAUGAUCCACGUCUAUCGACUCAGUCCAGUCAUGACUCUGCAAUACUGGAAUCAAGUCAAGUGUGGCGAGUCGACAGCUUUUCCCGGACCAAGUCUUUCGUUCCAGGCACACCCAACGCAAAUUUAUUCCCUCUGCUUUGCCGGUGAUGCAACAAACCCAUUACUAAUCAGCGGAGGAGACCAAGACUUUCGGGUGUGGAGAUGGAAAGACAUCUUGUUGACCAUGGAAGAUCCUGCCAACGUCAAGAACCUCCUGGCGGUGCAUGUCGGAUACUUGAAACGUCAGUCGCUGGGGUUCAGAGGGACUUUGCUGCCCGCAAUGGAGGUCAAUGAUGUAGUCGUGAGCAAGAAUUCUGGACACUUAUUCUUGGCAGGUGGAGAUAGUGUGGCACACGAGUGGGAUGUAGUGACACAGCAAUUUACGCGGCUAUUUGAGGGCCACGAGGACUAUUUGCAUGCUGUGCGUGAUUUGCAUCACUCUCAGGAGCUCGCGACAAGCUCUGAAGACGGCACGCUUGGCAUUUGGGAUGUGCGUCAGGCCAGAAACGUCGAGUUCCUACGUCCAUGGCAAGCAACAACGUCGUCGAUGUCGAGCUCAUCACCAUCGCCGUCGCUGUGGAUUGGUGCUGUCGCUCACGAUGACUCCGAAAUGUGGCUAGCAUGUGCAACUCGAGGCUUCUUGAGCAUGUGGCAUUUACCCUCUCGAGUGCCUGUGCACUAUACCACGACGACGUGCGAUGUGCAUGACGUUGUGUUUCACCAUAUGGACCUGCUUAGUGUGGGAAACGAUGCGAGCCUGAAGAAGUGGAACCGCAGCUCUGGCCAGCUGCUAUCGGCUGCAAGGUCGACGGUAUUGUCCAGCCACUUUUGUGCAGUCGACCGUGCCACGGAUAUCGUCGCAGUGGGUGGCGCUGCACCUCUCAUUGAUAUCUACACGAUGCCUGGCGUCGUGAGUUUCUCAUUGGUCGUCGACAGUGAGUCGAGCGCUCGAGCAAGUUAG